AUGCCGCCAGCUUUCGAGUUUCGAGGCAACGACCGACGGUCGCACAAUAACAAUAAUCCAAGACGCGAGUUCACUUUCCGAUAUGCACGACCUGGGACGGCCGAACGACCGCUCUUGACUACCAAAAGAGAAACCACUCCAGAGCCCAUCUUGGGCGCUACAACAGGAGACGAAAAACCGGGCAUGAAAUUUGCGCCCAUUUCAAGCCUCAGUGACAGCGAGGAAGCCGAGAUGGACAUGUCCGAUGAUGAUAAGGACGACGAGGCUUCGCAUCCGCGUAAGAAGCGUGCGCUAGGAACAAAUACUGCGAUUGCUCCUACUCCUGCACCAGUCACAGCUCCAAAAUGGUCCAACCCAGAUCCUUACACUGUCCUACCCCCGCCUGAUGAGACGUUGGCGAAGAGGGUCGAUGUCGUCAAGCUGAUUCGCAAGGCGCGGAUCGCUGAGAACGCUAAGCAGACAGCACCUGCGGAUGCAGUGACGACCAACGAGGACUUUAUAUCCUUCAGUGGCUUGAUCGACGAAGAAGAAGCCAGGAUGAAGGUGCCGGACAAUGCUCCUUCGGGACCGAAACGUCUGCAAGGAAGAGACUCUGCUCUCGGAAGCCGGAAGAGAACACACGAUGACGAGAUAAAGGGCUAUUCCAAGAAGACCGGACGACCCAUGGUCAGAUUUUACGAUGAUGGCUCGAUUAUUGACGAGUGGAGAGCGCGCUCGCAAGAGGAUGCAACUCCUUGGAUGUUGCUCAUGGAACCUUCCUUGCACCUGGGUUCUCGGCUGCACAACGAAAUACUGAGUUUCUACCACUGGGUUAAACCGAUGCAGUAUGAGCAGAUUGUCCGAGCGGAUUUGAUUACAAGGCUGCAGGUAGCAUUCCAAAGUAGGUACUAUGGUGUGCAACUUCGUCCGUUCGGCUCGUUCGCUUCUGGCUUGUAUUUGCCCACCGCGGAUAUAGAUCUUGUCCUGCUGUCAUCAAAUUUCAUGCGCAACGGCAUAAAGACUUUUGGUGAGCGUAAAGGGCAGAUCUACGCUUUCGCGGCCUUUCUCAAAAAUCUCGAAAUCGCCGUUCCCAAUUCAAUAGAGACCAUCGCGCAUGCGCGCGUUCCGAUUCUCAAGUUUGUGGACAAGAUGACCGGCUUGCGGGUUGAUCUGUCGUUUGACAAUGAUAGCGGGCUCAUCGCCAACAACACAUUUCAAAACUGGAAAUCAGAAUAUCCGGCGAUGCCCGUGAUUGUAGCGGUGGUCAAGCAAUUUCUGCUACUUCGUGGCCUUAAUGAGGUCCCAACUGGUGGGCUGGGAGGGUUCUCCAUAACCUGCCUCGUCACCAGUCUUCUUCAGCAUCUACCACAUGGUCACGCAGCGCCUAAUCUGGGCAGCAUUCUCAUGGAUUUUUUCGAAUUCUACGGCAACACUUUCGACUUCGAGAAUGUUGGUAUUCGCCUGAAUCCGCCGGGUUAUUUCAACAAGAGAGUGUACAAAGGGUUCCAAGGGAAUAACGAUGCUCGUUUAUCAAUCGAGGAUCCCAACAACCCGGAUAACGAUGUGUCGGGUGGGACUCGGGAAAUCCAUCUGAUCUUCAGGUCAUUCUCAAGGGCAUUCCAACUGCUUAAGGAACAUAUGGUCUCCUCGGCGGUGUCUGGCGACACAAAAGCCAGUAUUCUGCAAAGCAUCAUCGCUGCAAAUUAUGAGGAGUACGCACAGCAGCGUUCGCAGCUACGUGCGGUUUUUGAGACCCAUCCCAGAUUUGCACAGUAUCGUCGAGCUCCCACACCUCCACCACCUCCCCCAGAGAGUCCUCCUCCACCUCCUGCCGACCUUGCUCCCCUGCCACCUAAUCUGCCUGCUAAACCUCCUUCAGCGAAAUCCUCCAAAGCUCCUCCAGCGCCAGCAUCCAAGGACUCCAAGGACUCGAAGGAGAAGAUGACCAAGUUGCAAAGAAAGCAACAAGCAUCGCGAGAACGGGCCGCUCGUCUUAGACGUUUGCGCCCCGAUAUACCUGCUAUUCCAAACUCCAUCAGUAAUGAGCAAGCCUUGAGUCUAGGUGGUUAUAAAACCCAAUCUGAGAUGGACAGAGAUCUCGCAAGUCGAGAAAAAGAGACGAAAUGA